AUGGCAACCGGCUUCCUUCGCGUCAGCGGCACCAAGAUUGUCGAUGCCAAUGGCACGCCAGUCCUCUUGAGGGGUACUGCCCUGGGAGGCUGGAUGAACAUGGAGAAUUUCAUCACUGGCUUUCCCGGCCACGAAUCGACCCAUCGCGCGGCCAUGCUCGCCGUCUUGGGCAAGGAGAAAUAUGACUAUUUCUUCGACAAGUUUCUCGAGUACUUCUUCACGGAAAAAGAUGCUCAAUUCUGCAAGAGCCUUGGUAUCAACUGCCUGCGGCUGCCGUUCAACUAUCGUCACUUUGAGGACGACAUGAACCCUCGCGUGCUGAAAGAGGAAGGCUUCAAGCAUCUGGACAGAGUCGUUGACCUGUGUGCAAAAUACCAGAUCUACACCAUCCUCGAUAUGCAUACCUUGCCUGGCGGUCAGUCUCCGGGCUGGCAUGCGGACAACCUCACCUCCCACGCGUCCUUCUGGGAUCAUCGCGACCAUCAAGACCGCACUGUCUGGCUGUGGCAGCAAAUCGCGGCACGGUACAAAUCCAACACUUGGAUUGCCGGCUACAACCUGAUCAACGAGCCGUGCGACCCUCAGCACGUCCGCCUGCCGGCGUUCUACGUGCGCCUGGAAAAGGCGAUCCGCGAGAUCGACCCGGACCAUAUCUUGUUUCUGGACGGGAACACCUUCGCCGCGGAAUGGAAGGGCUUCGACCAGUACCCCAUCUUGCCCAACGCGGUGUACUCUCUCCACGACUACAGUCGGCUCGGAUUUCCAGGCCCGGAGCAAUUCACGGGAUCUCAAGAGCAGCUGGAGCGUCUGGAGAGGCAGUUCCUGCGCAAAGCCGAGUUCCACCUCUCUCGCAACGCGCCCAUCUGGAACGGAGAGUUUGGACCGGUCUAUGCCAACCCGCAAUACGAGGAGGAUGCAGACGCCAUCAAUCGGCAGCGGUAUGAGCUGCUCAACGCGCAGUUGCGUCUGUAUGACAAGUACGAGAUUCCGUGGAGUAUCUGGCUCUACAAGGACAUCGGGCUGCAGGGGAUGCUGCAUACCUCGCCGUCAUCGCCGUGGAACAAGCUGCUCGCGCCGUUUCUCGAGAAGAAAAAGGCUCUUCAGCUCGACGCGUGGGGGCAAUACCCCUCGCAGGAGAUCGACGCCCUUAUUGGGCCACUGGUAGAGUGGAUUGACCGGGUCAGCCCAACGGCCAAGAACACGUACCCCAGUACGUGGGACACCAGACGCCACAUCGAACGGGCAGUGCUGCAGACGUUCCUGGCGGAGAGCUUUCAGAAGGAAUUCGCCGAGUUGUUCCGGGACAAGAGCAUGGAAGAAUUGGACGAACUGGCGAGAAGCUUUGCGUUUGAGCAGUGCGUGCAGCGCACGGAACUGAAUGAGAUUCUGUCCAAGCAUGCCGAGGCUAGUCGAUUGGCAUAG